CCCUCCGCUACCAGGAGACGACCACCUGCCCGCCAUGAGCAACGACCCUAGCCGCGCAGAGAAGGUCGACGACUCGGCCACGGCCAUCCUCCGCCCCAAGAAGAGCCCGAACCGCCUCGUCGUCGAUGAGAGCACCUCGGACGACAACUCGGUCGCGCAGCUGCAUCCCGCCACCAUGGAGCUCCUCCAGCUCUUCAGGGGCGACACCAUCAUCGUCCGCGGCAAGAAGCGCAAGGACACGGUCCUGAUCGUCCUGUCGUCCGAGGACGUCGACGAGGGCAAGAUCCAGCUCAACAAGGUCGCGCGCAACAACCUGCGCGUCAAGCUCGCCGACAUCUGCACGGUGCACGCGUGCCACGACAUCAAGUACGGCAAGCGCAUCCACGUCCUGCCGUUCGACGACUCGAUCGAGGGCCUCACGGGCGACAUCUUCAACGUGUUCCUCAAGCCCUACUUCCUCGAGGCGUACCGUCCCGUGCGCAAGGGCGACACGUUCCUCGCAAAGGGCGCGUCGCGCAGCGUCGAGUUCAAGGUGGUCGAGACGGACCCGGCCGAGUACUGCAUCGUCGCGCAAGACACGGUCAUCCACACCGAGGGCGAGCCCGUCAAGCGCGAGGACGAGGAGAACAACCUCGCCGACGUCGGGUACGACGACAUUGGCGGCUGCCGCAAGCAGCUCGCCCAGAUCCGCGAGCUCGUCGAGCUCCCGCUCCGCCACCCGCAGCUCUUCAAGUCGAUCGGCAUCAAGCCCCCGCGCGGCAUCCUCAUGUUUGGCCCUCCCGGCACGGGCAAGACGCUCAUGGCGCGCGCCGUCGCCAACGAGACGGGCGCCUUCUUCUUCUUGAUCAACGGCCCCGAGAUCAUGAGCAAGAUGGCCGGCGAGUCCGAGUCCAACCUGCGCAAGGCGUUCGAGGAGGCCGAGAAGAACUCGCCCGCCAUCAUCUUCAUCGACGAGAUCGACUCGAUCGCGCCCAAGCGUGACAAGACCAACGGCGAGGUCGAGCGUCGUGUCGUGUCGCAGCUCCUCACCCUCAUGGACGGCAUGAAGGCCCGCUCCAACGUCGUCGUCAUGGCGGCGACCAACCGCCCCAACUCGAUCGACCCGGCCCUGCGCCGCUUCGGCCGCUUUGACCGCGAGGUCGACAUCGGCAUCCCCGACGCGACGGGCCGCCUCGAGACGCUCCGGAUCCACACCAAGAACAUGAAGCUCGGCGACGACGUCGACCUCGAGAAGAUUGCGGCCGACACGCACGGCUACGUCGGCGCCGACAUUGCGUCGCUGUGCUCCGAGGCGGCCAUGCAGCAGAUCCGCGAGAAGAUGGACCUGAUCGACCUCGACGAGGACACGAUCGACGCCGAGGUGCUCGACUCGCUCGGCGUCACCAUGGACAACUUCCGGUUCGCGCUCGGGACGAGCAACCCGUCGGCCCUGCGCGAGACGGUCGUCGAGAUCCCGACCGUCACCUGGGACGACGUCGGCGGCCUCGACAAGGUCAAGAUCGAGCUGCAGGAGACGGUCCAGUACCCGGUCGAGCACCCGGAGAAGUUCCUCAAGUACGGCAUGUCGCCGUCAAAGGGCGUCCUGUUCUACGGCCCGCCGGGAACGGGCAAGACGCUCCUCGCCAAGGCCAUCGCGCACGAGUGCCAGGCCAACUUUAUCUCGAUCAAGGGUCCCGAGCUCCUGACCAUGUGGUUCGGCGAGUCCGAGGCCAACGUGCGCGACGUGUUCGACAAGGCCCGCGCGGCGGCGCCCGUCGUCAUGUUCUUCGACGAGCUCGACUCGAUCGCAAAGGCGCGCGGCGGCGGCGGCGGCGGCGACGCCGGCGGUGCGGGCGACCGCGUCCUGAACCAGAUCCUCACCGAGAUGGACGGCAUGAACGCCAAGAAGAACGUGUUUGUCAUCGGCGCCACCAACCGCCCCGACCAGAUCGACCCGGCCCUGCUCCGCCCCGGCCGCCUCGACCAGCUCAUCUACAUCCCGCUCCCGGACGAGGCGUCGCGCGUCUCGAUCCUGACGGCGGCCCUCAAGCGUUCGCCCGUCGCCAAGUCGGUCGACCUGUCGUUCAUCGCCAAGAACACGCACGGCUUUUCGGGCGCCGACCUGACCGAGAUUUGCCAGCGCGCCGCAAAGCUCGCCAUCCGCGCGUCGAUCGAGGCCGACAUGAAGAAGGACCGCGAGCGCAAGCAGCGCAUCGAGGAGCUCGGCGAGGACGCCGUCGUCAAGGACGAGGACGACGCCAUGGUCGACGAGGAGGACCCGGUCCCCGAGAUCACGAUCGAGCACUUUGAGGAGGCCAUGCGCUUCGCUCGCCGCUCCGUCUCGGACGCCGACAUCCGGAGGUACGAGCUCUUUGCGCAGAAUAUGCAGCAGUCGCGCUCGUUCGGGUCGUCGUUCAAGUUCCCCGAGGGCGCCGACGCGGCCGGUGCGGUGGCCGGUGCCGGUGCCGGUGCGGCGGGUGCGGGCGGUGCGGCGUUUGGCGCGCAGGACGACGAGGACGACCUGUACUCCUGAGCUGCUCUCGCCUGCGCUCUCUCGCCGCCUCGAGUCGUGACCCCCCCUCUGUGCCUUACCCCUCGCCUCCCUCGCUGCCUUUCCCCCUCCCUCGCUCGCAUGUGAUUCCCUCCUCCUCUCGCUUUGCCCAGCCUGCCUCCCUCUUCCCCUGUGUGAAAUCAGAACUCGAAGUGAAGCGUUU